GCAGGACCUGAAACAAAUACAGCACCCUAGGGAGGACCAUUAUUUUCAAGAUGUUGAUUCUUCCCAUGAGAGAGAAAUGCAGUAAGUCCCAUUUUUUAAGGUCUCUUUUAAUUUCCUCCAUGAGAGGAGUGUAGUUUAGCUUAUAUUGAUCUGAGGAUGUUGUGGCUAGGUGGAUUCCUAGAUAGGGGAGGCCCGUACCCUUCCACUUAAAUUUAUGGGUUUCUUGGAUGUGUGCUUGCCAUUUCCACGGUACUGAAACCCCUAAGAUUUCACAUUUGUCUGCGUUGAUUUGAAAAUUUGACAGGUGUCAGAAUUUCUCUAUUUCCAUUGGAACUGGGUAUAGUAUUCUCUUCAAAAUACCUAUUCAAUGUUGUGUGAAGAUCUUCCACGAGGGCCAUCUAGGAGAGUCUCAUUCAGGCACCAGUUGGUAUUGUGUCUAGCGUCACCUUGUGUGGGUAUAGUCAGGAAUAUAGGGGCAUGGUCUAUCCAGGUGAUAUUACCUAUGGGAUGCUUCCUUUACCAAAUGAAGGUGUCUGUGAGGAACAUAUCUGUUCUGGAGUAACUGCCCGCUGCAGUGUAGUAGAAUGUGCAAUCCCUGUCCUGUGGGUGUAGCAGUCUCCAGCAGUCCAUCAGUUGUUGUGAGUGUAGUAUGUCGUGAAACAGUGAUCUUUGAUGGGACUUAGUGUCUUUGGCCUUGGAUGAGCUGUCUAUUUCAUGAUCAAGCACCAUAUUCUAAUCACCUCCCACUAUAAGAAUCCCCUCUGCAAACCCUUCCAAUUUCCUCAGGCAUGAGCGAGCAAAGGCCACUUGACCCGAAUUCGGAGCAUAUACAUUCGCCAGAGUAAUAAGCUGGUCAUUCACCUUCCGCUUGACAAACAACAUCCUCCCCCCGGGAUCUGUCUUGGUGUCAAGUUCUGUGAAGGCAAUGCGUGACGACAUCAGUAUGGCUACUCCCCUUGACUUCCCCUUGUUAAUAUAUUUAGAUCUGAGUCUAGGUUGAAAUUCUCCCUUAUAAUGGGUCUCUUGGAUAAACAUAAUGUUGGCUUUUUGCCUGUCUAAUACUCGUGUCGAUAUGGAACGCUUUUCUGGGAUAUUGAGACCUCUUACAUUUAAUGAUAAUAGGUUAACCUGGGCCAUAUUGGGUUCGUGAUGGAGUUAUUGCUUUAUUGAUGGCCCCAUGUCUAACACCAUGAGAAGUGGCAUUUCGCAGAGCGGCAAUAAGGGAGCAUAAUACAAAAUUGCAGGCAGACGAAGAACAAAAACUAUAUACAUAAGUAUGAGCUAAAUUAUUCAUACUGACAGAGAGAAUGGUGCCAAACCUGUAGGAGACAUAAUUGUACCCACAAGUACUUGCGGGGCACCUCUUGGGGUGUAGGGGACCUAGUUACCUUAAGGGGAACUGAAUGAUUGCUUCAGACACAUUGGUAGAGCCAAGGAUUGUGCCCAUACCACAGACAUGAGCGCGACCCAUAUCGCGUGAACUGCACCCGGAGCAUAGGCCCCCGAGAACCUUACAUUUUUCAGAUUAAAAUAUGAUCAACGAUUGCUGUGGCCAUAGGGGCACGACGUAAGCAAAUAUACUAAUAUUGAUUAAGAAAUCAAUGGCAUCACAUAUUAAAACAGUGGGGACCUGAGGGUACCCCAUUUUGUGAGUUACAGGUGGGCUGUAAGAGCUUCUUACAGUGGGCUGUGAAGUUGGCUUAUGACCUGGCUAUAAAUCCACUUCUGAUGCCAUAUUGGAAGAGGUGUCUGAGGCCUUGAUGAUCAAAGUGUGAUUUUGUCUUCCAAUUUACAAAUCGGCACCAGAUUCAUGAUAGGGACCCUCCAUCAAGUUCUUCCAUCCGGGUCCAACUGUAUGUGGCCUGUCUCCUCCAAGGCCGCAGUAAGACCAGCUCAUGGUAGGGAUUAAGCAGGAGAUGUUUGCAUUUCCUCACCCAUGGGUCAAUCAGCUUCGAACUUACAGCAUGGGAGAGCUGGGAAUUCACCCGGUCAAACCCAGCAACCAAUCAGAUAUAUAAUUGAUUAAUGAAUGGUAUUUAUAUAGAUUUUAUGUGCUCAGGACCAGAACUGGGAAAGAUGGCCUCUUGUCAACUUGACGGCCUGCCCCCCCACCUCUCUUUACGCAUAUUUUAUUUAUUUAACUUUAUAUUAACAUCUGAUUUCUAGACAGCUCACUGACUAAUGUUCGAACAUUUGUUGAUUAGUGUCUGAUUCCUCCCAGUGUAUGAGUUCUUUGACAAUAAGUCUACAGGAACAACUGUAAAUAUUGACAGUCAAUAACUGCAUGCCUGUUAUCCUAAAUUAUUGGCUUUAAUUUCUUAAUAUACUUUAGAAAAAAUAUGUUUUAGUAAGAAUAUUCCUACACAUUUUAGAAGAUUUUGUACAAUAUUUUACUACAAACAUAGAACAAUAAACUAGGAUUCACCAAAACUGUUGCUCUGGGGCCAACUGUUUAGUUUUAAUUACAUAACUUUCAUUAUUAUUGUUGCAACAUAUAAAUUAUAACAGGAAUAAAAUGAUGAUUAAGAAAGAAAAUAACACAUAUUUGUAAUUAGAACAAGUUGGUCCAGUCUGCUAGUAAAGUUACCUUAGAAGAAAAAAAAAAACUUGAUCUAAAGGUCUGAUAUUUUCUGAUGUUACCUCAUUCUUUAUAUUUUACUUCUCAAUUAAUCAUCUACUAAGGAAUGCAGAUUGUGCUUCUUUAUGAUUCUUUCCAACCCUCAAAUUUUAGAAAAUAAGAUAAUUCUUUAAUUUCUCCUGUGCUAGUCCUUCAAUUACUAAUGUUUUAUUGGAUAGCUCUAAAUUACACAGUGACUGUACAUAGGGCCUUGUGAAAAAAAGUACAAAAUGUCAUAAACAUAACUAAACAAUUCUUGCAGUCAUUCAAUGCAAAAACAAACAAACAAACAAAACAUACAUAAUAAAUAUCCAUGAGACACGCAACUUGUAUACUUAUUGUUUGUCAUGUUCAUAUCUGAAAUUGUGUCAUCUCCCAUCAGUGGCAGAGAAAAUUAGAAAUGUGACACUGACAUAUAACUGAAGAAUUCUAGUGUCACACCUGCUGUAGAGGACAUCCAUUCAUCUAAAAUUAAUCAAGCCACUGGUCAAUUUCUGUCUUCUGUUCUCUUAAGAAACACCAUGUAUUACAACUUCUCUUGACAUCUCUGAAGACCUGCUUUUCCCUUUUGAUAAAUUUCAGAUUUGUCUUCAGUCUACCUAUGCUCCUCAUUUUAUCAUUCUCCUCUCUGAACUAAUACCAUAGCAGAAAGCCAUGAACUGUAAAUGUCAUUGUAAAAACCUGAGUUCUAAAAUCAAUUCAAUUAGUGAUUCGAGAGCCUUCAUUACAAAGAUCUCAGCAUAAUUAAAAUUGAGAGCAUGGAAAUGUAACUAUAAAUUACCAAGAUUCAGCCACCAGUCUCUUCUUUGUACUUAGCAUGAGUAUCCACGUACUCAUUUUAUGGGUAAUAUUCAAGAUAGAUUGACCUAGGUUUGACGUCAAGAAUUCACUCAGUUCAUUUGUCAGUUUUCCAAGAAUUGAAUACCAUUGACAGGAUGAAUUAUAUUCGCUUGGAUAUUUUGGAAGAUGACACAAUUGCGACUCUUGCCACCAUUUAAAAGUGAGCACAGAUGAUGGAAAUGCACAUUCAAAACAAAGCUUCGACAUUGUUCCGUCACCUGGAAGAAAAAAGAUGGAUAAAACUUCAGUUUAUUUGUGCCUUGGGACACUAACUUUCCUGUUCACAAUAUCUACGCAGUCUGUACAAGGGAAGCCUUACUUAUUGCAAGGUAUGUUUACAUAGGUUUUAAUAAUUCUAUAUAUUAUGAGUGCAUGUGUAUAUAUUUAUGGAUAGAGAUAGAUAGAUAGACAUUAAGCAUUAUGAUAUUUAGAAAAUAUAAGUUUCAUAUGAUAACAGCAAAGAUUAUGUUUAUAUAUCUAAUUACAGUUAGUUAUAAGUCAAACCUUCUUGCUUUCUGAAUAUUAAAAUCAUGCAAUCCAUUUGUCAAAUCAAUUAUUUUACCUAUUUCUCAACCCAGAACCUAAAUGAAGUAUAAAUGAUAAAGUCCUUAGAAGCUCUCUUUGAGCAUUUGCCUGAGUGAGAUUUAUCCAAUCUUAUUAUCUAUCUCUUAGUAGUAUCAGUAAGCAAUCAUGCUGUGGCUUGCCUGAGUCAUGUACGCUCUUUUUUGGUUAUUAAUUUGCAUGUAGGAAUACUUGAAAACAUAACUUAAAUCUUCCAGAUGCAGAUAUACAGAUAUAAUGUUUAUGAGAGGCAUUCACCGAAGUUAAGUGCUAAGUGGAAUAGAUAGAUCACGAUUGUUUUUGUAUAUUGUUGCUGAAUAUUUACUAUAAAAAGUCUUACUAAUACUAAUGAUGAGUACUUUAGUCACAUGUUUAAUGCUAAGAUCCUUUGAUUUAAAAAGUUACAUGUUUCAAUAUGUCUUCCCUAGUAUGAUUUUACUCUUUUAUAUUGAAAUACGUAUGUAUUUCCAUGACAUUAGGUACGUCUUUCACUGCUUUCAAAGUCUUUUUUUACAGUGUGUAGAUUGCUGUUUAGUUAUGCAUCUACAAAUGUUUCAGACAGCUUAGCUAGGUCAAAAUGUUCCUAUGUAUAUUUGUCAUUUAGAGAUAUUUGUAGCAAAUAUUAUUGGCCAAAAAUAUGAUUAUUUAAAUGAAAUACACUAUAAAAACGUGGACUGUUGUGUGCAAGAUGCUGCAUUCUGCAAUGAAGUUUUCCUAUAACUUAAUCAACUAAAUGUAUAUCGUAGUUAUACAUUGAUUAUGAAUUUAGUGGCACAUUAAAUCUAUGAGCUUUUGGUGUGUGUGUGAUAUUAUAUGUAAAGUGCUGUGAAACCAUGCUCAUGCUAAAAUGCAUGCAUCUUAUGGUUACAUAAAUUGUAGCAGUGUCCCAUUUCGUAACGCUAUUAGUUUUUACAUAUUUAUUUAGUUAUUCAGUAUUACAAUUACUGAGCUCUUUACUUUACUACGUCAAUAUGAAAACUAUUCACAAUAUUCUAACUGUAAUAAUUCAGAGCAGGCAUCAGCCUAAAAUAUUGUAAUUGUUAAUUAACUGUCCAAAGAUUUUGAUCAAUGAGGACGUGUUUGAUAAUAUUUCGUUAUUUGAAUUUAAUGUUUUCCAGACAAUGAAUUGUUUCCAGAGAAAGAAGAUAUUCAUCAUCAGGAUAUGCUAUUAUCAUUCCUCCUUAAUAAACACAUUCCUCUAAGAAGACCUUCAAAUUUUGGUAAGAAGCACUGCAUAUAUGAUUGAUUGAGUAAGGGGUGACCAAGAAUAUAUUUUUGUAACUCUACACUUUCAUUUACAGAAUUAGAGCUUGAAAGCCGUCUAGAAGAACUGGAACAGGUAAUAUUUAUUAAUAAUGCUGUCUGAGUGCAUUUUUUUUUUUAACUGAAUUAAAAUGUCCUAAAGCCAAAGUCCAAAAAAGGAGUUUUGCCAUUGUUAGAUAUGGCAUCAUAUAGACAUCAGUGUUACCUAAUAGUACAGUUUAAUCCUUUAUGCCCUGCAGAAUUUAGUCCCUUUAUUAUCUUAAAUUAACUUUGUUUGUAUUUUGACACUGUUGCACAUAGAAAGCUGAUCAAUAAAUUGCAAUCUUUAAGUUUGGAUUCCAAUAUUGUUGAAUGGGUAAGGCAGUGGCUGAGUGACAGGCAACAGAGGGUUGUAGUUAAUGGAAUAUAUUCGAAGCUUGGACUUGUCACCAGUGGGGUACCUCAGGGAUCUGUACUUGGACCCAUUCUCUUUAAUAUUUUUAUUAGUGAUAUUGCAGAAGGUCUUGAUGGUAAGGUAUGUCUUUUUGCUAAUGAUACUAAGAUAUGUAACAGGGUUGAUGUUCCAGGAGGGAUAAGCCAAAUGACAAAUGAUUUAGGUAAACUAGAAAAAUGGUCAGAAUUGUGGCAACUGACAUUUAAUGUGGAUAAGUGCAAGAUAAUGCAUCUUGGACGUAAAAACCCAAGGGCAGAGUACAAAAUAUUUGAUAGAGUCCUAACCUCAACAUCUGAGGAAAGGGAUUUAGGGGUGAUUAUUUCUGAUGACUUAAAGGUAGGCAGACAAUGUAAUAGAGCAGCAGGAAAUGCUAGCAGAAUGCCUGGUUGUAUAGGGAGAGGUAUUAGCAGUAGAAAGAGGGAAGUGCUCAUGCCAUUGUACAGAACUGGUGAGACCUUACUUGGAGCAUUGUACGCAGUACUGGAAACCAUAUCUCCAGAAGGAUAUUGAUACCUUAGAGAGCAUUCAGAGAAGGGCUACUAAACUGGUUCAUGGAUUGCAGGAUAAAACAUACAAGGAAAGGUUAAAGGAACUUAACAUGUACAGCUUGGAGGAAAGACGAGACAGGGGGGAUAUGAUAGAAACAUUUAAAUACAUAAAGGGAAUCAACACAGUGAAGGAGGAGACCAUAUUUAAAAGAAGAAAAACUACCACAACAAGAGGACAUAGCCUUGAAUUAGAGGGGCAAAGGUUUAACAAUAAUAUCAGGAAGUAUUACUCUACUGAGAGGGUAGUGGAUGCAUGGAAUAGCCUUCCAACUGAAGUGGUAGAGGUUAACACAGUAAAGGAGUUUAAGCAUGCAUGGGAUAGGUAUAAGGCUAUCCUAACUAUAAGAUAAAGGGACUAAUGAAAGUAUUUAGAAAAUUGGGCAGACUAGAUGGGCUGAAUGGUUCUUAUCUGCCGUCACAUUCUAUGUUUCUAUUUGGAAUAUAUAAUGAACAAAAUUAAGAAAUAUUGAAUUACACACUUUACAAAUGUACAUCUACCUUUUGACUUUUCUUGUCAUCAGUUACCAAAAAAACAUUAUACAGUUUAUCCAGUGGCAUUUAAGAACAUAGAUCUACUGAGAGAAGAGACUAUUGCAGAACAUAUUUUACGUUGUAUGAUAAUAUGAUAAAACAGAGAGCCUCUAAAUAAGGAAUUGGGGAUGAUUUGAUAAGUAAAGUAUUCUUAUCCAGACAGGAUCAGAAGGCCAAACUCUGCCUGCUGCAUUAGUUAAUGUAAAAGUAUUAAUGGAGAUAGAGAUUGGGAACUUCAAUAAUAUUUGAGUGUUAACAAUGGUAAACCACAUAAAUUUCAAGCAUGGAAUGGCACAACACACAGAUACUUAGUAUAAGAUAAUGACAGAACUAAGGCAUCAACUUAAAAAGAAAUCUCAAACUUAAAGAAACAAUUAGAUCAAAAACAUUAACCACUGAGGAUAGCUUAAGGGUUAGAUCAUUUACCUGGCAAAUUAGUUAAUAAUGUAUCUGGCUAAAAGGGAACAUUACAGUUUGAAUACAUAGAAACAGAAAAAUUGUUCAGAUGAGCCAUUUGUUAACUGAUGAUCCAAACUGGAAACAGUCACAUUUGUUACUGAGAGGAUUCUCAUGGGUCUAGUCAUUAAAUUUUAGCCUGGCACAUGUACUCAUUAAAUUAUUCAGAUAAAGGCAAAAUAAUUAUUGGGUAUUAAUUAUAAUUUACCCGAGCUACACCUAUACUGACAGCCAAAAUGUAUUAAUUCAGGCCCAUUGUGGCCCAUAUGUAUUAAUUCAGACCCAAUUCAGAAUGUCUCCAGAUAUGCAAGAUUUAGCUAAUUAUGGUAGAUACCUGACAUGCUCCUCAUUCAUCCUUUUCAAGAAAUGAUUCAUAGGUCUAUUGCUGUACCCUUCAUCAUUGCUAUACUUUUCAAUGAAAGUGAUGAUGGCCUACAACAUAUACUUGUGCACCUUCAGACAUGUAAAGCUGUGGAUGCAGUGCACUGGAUGUAUGUUAACUUUAGGGUAAAUAUCUUGACAACUUAUGGUGCCUUUCUAUGCACAUGCCAAUAUUACUUAAUGAGUAAUAAAUAAGUAGCAAAAGGAAUAGGAACCACAGUCUUUAGAGAGUAAUUUAUUUCGGUAUUUUUUUUUUUUUUUGUAUGUCAGAAAUGCAAUACAGUGAUUUUUGUUGCAUAAUCUCAAUUUUUACUAAGAGUAAACUCAUGCAUUUUAUAUGGAAAGUCUCUUUCUAUUUGCAAAUAACAGUCUGAGUAGUUUAAAGUCCUCCUAAAGGGAGAAUAGAGUUUAGGAAUUGUUAUAUCCGUUAUAUAGUUGUCACUGAAUAGUGUGUAUCUGUAUUUAUUUUCUACAUGCACAGUCUAUGCAGUUUGAAAAUAUAUUGGCAGAGAAGUAAAACAUCCCCUUGCAUUCACAGUAAUCAGAUGUACUUGACUAUUUAAAUACCUGAUUUGCAAUAAACAUGUAAUAUACUUUUAAAAUAGAUGACAUGCACAUAUUGUACCUAACAGGGCAUGUAAUAGUUGUUACAUAUGUACCAAUGUUUUCAUUGUAAAGUUUUGUAUUUAUCUUUAAAUACAAAAGGGACAAUCAAAGCACUGUAACAACCUAGCUUAUGUUGCAAGAAGGUGUCCAUUAGUAUGCCCUUUAAGGGACACUAUAGUCACCAGAACAACUACAGCUUAAUGUAGUUGUUCUGGUGAGUAUAAUAGUUCCCUUCAGGCUUUUUUCAUGCAAACACUGCCUUUUCUUUGAAAAGGCAGUGUUUACAUUGCCUCUAGGGACACCUCCAAGUGGCCACUCCUUAGAUGGCCACUGGAGGUGUUUCCUGGGUCAAUGCAUCUCUAUGAGGAGGUCCUGAUUUGCCAAAACUGCAUUUGGCCCUCCCCCUGUGCCUAUUUUAGCCAAUCCAAUUCUUUCACUAUGGAAACACUUUCUCUAUGGGAAAGCAUUGGAUUGGCUAAAAAUCUGCCAUUUUGAUGAUGUCACAAAGGGGGGUGGAGCCGCGCGGCAGUGAAAAUAAGGUGAGCUUUAAACUUUUAUAGGGGGGGCUAAGAGGGGGCAAGCCACCUAAAUGGUGGGUUAAACACUAUAGGGUCAGGAAUACAUGUUUGUGUUCCUGACCCUAUAAUGUUACUUUAAUAUAGCUGUUUAUAAGUACAUCAAUUUGAAACAAAUAAAGAAGGAAAUACACCCCCCUACUCAGAAGUGUCAUAGGAACAAGUUUGUACUUCCCUUUGGUUUUCCAAGCUUGCUGUGUGGAUUUAUUCAACCUUCUCUAAUAGAUUUCUUUGCAAAAGUCAAGGCCAAUAAUACUAUGGGAAGUAGUUCCUUUUUCUCUGGUAAAAGGAGUUCAAAGAACAUAAUUAGCAUAAGUACAGAAGAUAAUACAAAUACUAUCAGAUACAGCUACUGGCUGAAACGUGUAAAUUAUUUUCUUGUCUGGUCAGAGCUUAAUAUAUUAAAGCCCUAUGAUUUACAGCAAACAGAGUGUAGUUUUUUUGUGUAUAGUUUUAGAAACAAAUGUAAUGUUUUAUGUAAAAAAAAAUAAUGUAAUCUAACAUACUGUGUUUUUUUACAUAGCUGGAGAAACUCAAGGAGCAGCUUUUGGAAUCAAAGACCUCAGAUAUGACAUAUGCUGUAGAUGGGCUGUCACCAUCGCAUCCUAACAAAAGAGGUGUGCGGCAUCACUUCUGUAGAAAUAUUAAUGUUCAAUUUGAAUAUUAAUAAACACUACUGUAUGUAAAAACUUGCAUUAAUCAUAUUCUUCAUACACCCUUUCACUAUUCCAAUGGUACCUGAGAAUAAAAAAAGUAUCAAAGCACACAAUAGAUCAUAAAGCUCCAUUUCAACUCAAUAUCUAACAAUUUUUUAUAAUAUUAUUUUAACAUUGGUAAUUAGGAUAUGCCAUAAUUCUAAAUUGUUAUUGUAAUCUACUGUGGCGAAUAAUCCCAGAUAGUAUUCAAUUGUACUUCUGAAAUGACUGUCACUGUCUGUGACUGUAAAUGCCAUUGAACAAAAAAAUCUUGUCUUCUCAUCAUUAACCUUUCUCUUCUACCUUUUUUCCAGCUUGCUUUUGGAAAUACUGUGUGUGAAGAUGUCCCUGGAGAUGGCAAAUUAUUAUUUCCUGAAUCUAAGAAAAUGCCUUGACAUAUCAAUCAAGUAAAAUCAGUACGAAGAAAACUGUGAAGUUCUUUUUUAACAGUGUUUGUAAAUCAUUUAUGUAUCUUCAGUGUUCAUCUCUUUAUACACCUGUAGAAGACCUAUUCUACCAGCGACAACCCCGAGUGCUUCAAGGAUUUGCAAGAUAAUACAAGCAAAGACAUGUUUUCUUUCAUUAGCAGUGCCAUCUAUUACAGAUUUGUUCAAUAAACAAUCAGAAAUUUGCUGUUACACGUGUUAACAUGGAUUGUUUAAACAAAUACAAUACAAAUUCAUCUUAGUAGUAAUCAG